CUGCCUUAAGUACUCACUCACUCAAAACACCAUCUUCUUCUUAUGUGCUCAUCAUUGAGACUUUAAGUUGUUUUUUGUUUCUUUGUUUCGCGUCUCGCUUAUCGAUGAUGCGGGGUUUUCUUCCCGGCAUUUUGCUAGUUUUAUUGUUUUCUGGUAGUUUGUGUUAUGGCAAUGCCAAUUCUGUUGAGGUAGUUGGUUAUGGAGAAUGUGCUGAUUGCAAAGAGAAUAAUGUCAAGACAAGCCAAGCAUUGUCAGGGUUAAAAGUUACCAUUGACUGUAAGCUUGAAGAUGGUAAAUUUGAAACAAGAGGUGCUGGAAAGCUCAAUGAGGAAGGACUCUUUAAGGUAGCUCUUCCUCAAGAAAUAUUGAAAGAAGGAAAGUUGGCAGAAGAAUGCUAUGCACAACUACACAAUGCAGAAAAUGCACCUUGUGGAAUUCAUAAUGGAUUGGAAGCCUCUAAGAUCAGUUUCAUGUCAAAAUCAGAUGAGAAACACACAUUUGGACCAAACGAAAAACUAAAAUUCUCGUCGGCAAUUUGCACAUCCGCCACCUUUUUGCCUCAUUUUCCUAAGAAACACCCCUGGUUCAAGAAAUUUCCUCAUGUAUUCCCUCAUCUUCCAUUGCCCCCUAAAAUACCGUUCAAAAAGCCAUUCCCGCCACCAGUUUAUAAGCCGGAGCCUAAGCCAGAGCCAAAGCCAGAGCCAAAGCCAGAGCCAAAGCCGGAGCCAAAGCCUAAGCCGGAACCAAAGCCAGAGCCUAAGCCAGAACCUAAGCCUAAGCCGGAGCCAAAGCCAGAGCCUAAGCCUAAGCCGGAGCCUAAGCCAGAGCCUAAGCCUAAGCCGGAGCCUAAGCCAGAGCCUAAGCCUAAGCCGGAGCCUAAGCCGGAGCCUAAGCCAGAGCCUAAGCCUAAGCCGGAGCCUAAGCCGAAGCCAUGCCCACCAGUUUACAAGCCAGAGCCAAAGCCUAAGCCACCGGUCUACAAGCCACCAGUUUACAAGCCACCGGUUUACAAGCCACCGGUUUACAAGCCACCGGUUUCCAAGCCACCAGUUUACAAGCCACCAGUUUAUAAGCCACCCGUUUACAAGCCACCCGUUUACAAGCCACCGGUUUACAAGCCACAUCCCAAAAUCUUGCCACCACCUAUCCCAACUUAUAAGCCACAUCCAAAAAUCUUGCCACCACUACCUCCAUACUAUAAGAAACCAUGUCCACCCUUGAAACCAUUCCCUCCAUUUCCCACCUUUCCUUUAAAGAAAUUCCAUCAUCCCCUCAUCCCAAUACCAUCUCAUCCUUAGACUCCAAUUAUCUUUUAUAUAAUUUAAAAUUUCACGAGUCGUUAUGCAUGUAGGAUUCAACAUUUGUCUCGACUUUCCGGGUACAAUGUUUCAAGAAAGAAAUAAAGAUAAAUGCAUCUAGUGAUUGAAGAGAAUAUAUAGUGCAUUUAGAUGUCUAGAUCGAUGCAUCGCGAAAGGAAGAGAGGUCUCUUUUAUUUGUUAUAUACUGUAUCAAAAUUUGGUGUGUGAAUUUGAGGUAUCUAUUGCCGUUUGUAAAUGUUCAAAGUUUGAUUUGUUUUUUUUGUGACAACUUGAAUUAUAUGUAAUUCGUUGUCCUUAUAAGAAUAACUAAUAUGAUAAUUAUCAUGUAUGUGUUGAAAUUCAA